CUUUACCCUAAUUAUCCCGGGAGGAAGACGUGCCUUUCUCGGAAACCGCUAGGCAACACUCACCACGGCAGCCUGCAGAUUACUUCCCUCCGUGGGUGUGCGACUUCGUUUAAGCAAGUCACACUUACAGUAGCUUGUCACUGGCGAGGCCGCGAGCAGCAGAGGGCGGGGGAGCGCAGGGCGGAGGGAGGAGGUGGGAGGCGCGGAGUCGGGCUCGGGGAGACGCUGGAGCUCCAGACACAGCAGGAGCGAGCAAGCGAGCGAGCGAGCGAGCUGCGCGGGUGCAGUCGCCGGCUCGCCCUGGCCGCCGCGCACUCCGCCUCCGCGUUGAGCAGCGGGAACUGCAGCGGCUCCGAGCCUCCGGGCUCUGCUCCGUUCCCGGGCCCGCGCUCCAGCCCGCUCUGCCCGCCGCACCGCCCCCGGCAGUGCUCAGCCCGCAGCGAUUUGACUUCCCUCUGCCGGCCUCUCCAGUUCUAUAGAUCUCUCGCUGCCUGGGCUCCACUCUGCUCGGUGUAGGCAACACACCGUUUGCUCUACUCUUCCCCCCCUUGAGCCGUAGACACUCUGCUUGCUUUUUCCCCUCUUCCCUCCUCCUUUUUUUUACGGAAAACAUCAUCUAGAUUUAAGAUGACUCGUCUUCUUUAAUCUCGUCCGUAUCAGCACUGAAGACUGAAAGGGAACCUUCACCACCACUCCAACCCUGGUGGCACUUUAAAAAAAAAAAAUAACAGUUCUAAAAAAGAAAGGGGGACCAAAAAACAGAAAAAGGAAAGUCUUAAGAGGCAAAGGAGCGGGACUCGGGACCCUCUGCAGACCCUUGACUCAGCCCACCCAGGACCGUACUAGCCAUCCGAACUUCUAAUUCAUCUUAUCCAACUGAAAGGGAGGGCGGCACAAGCCAGAAGCAAACUUCGGCGGUCUCUGCGGAUCUGUGAUUCCCACAUUGAGAGGGGUCGAGAGCCAGAAGGCACAGGACCCCACCAGGAGGAGGAGUUCCGCGCCUCUCUCGCCCCUUCCACCAAGCCUGAACCUUAGACUGAACCACGCGGGACCUAAGAGGCAGAAGAGGGUAGUAGAAAAUGCGGGGCUCCGGGCCCCGCGGUGCGGGACGCCGACGGACCCAGGGCAGAGGUGGCGGCGGCGACACCCCCCGCGUCCCUGCCUCUCUGGCAGGCUGCUAUUCCGCACCUCUAAAGGGGCCCCUCUGGACGUGCCUUCUCCUGUGUGCGGCGCUCCGGACCCUUUUGGCCAGCCCCAGUAACGAAGUGAAUUUAUUGGAUUCGCGCACUGUCCUGGGAGACCUUGGAUGGAUUGCUUUUCCAAAGAAUGGGUGGGAAGAGAUUGGUGAAGUUGAUGAAAACUAUGCCCCCAUCCACACCUAUCAAGUGUGCAAAGUUAUGGAACAGAAUCAGAAUAAUUGGCUGUUGACCAGUUGGAUCUCUAACGAAGGUGCUUCCAGAAUUUUUAUUGAACUCAAGUUUACUCUGAGGGAUUGCAACAGCCUUCCUGGAGGACUGGGGACUUGCAAGGAGACCUUUAACAUGUAUUAUUUUGAGUCGGAUGAUGAGAAUGGGAGAAAUAUCAAAGAGAACCAGUACAUCAAGAUCGAUACCAUUGCUGCUGAUGAGAGCUUCACCGAACUUGACCUUGGAGACCGGGUCAUGAAGCUGAAUACGGAGGUCAGAGAUGUAGGACCUCUGAGCAAAAAGGGAUUUUAUCUUGCUUUCCAAGAUGUCGGUGCUUGCAUCGCUCUGGUUUCUGUCCGUGUCUACUAUAAAAAAUGUCCUUCUGUAGUUAGACAUUUGGCUGUUUUCCCUGACACGAUCACUGGAGCAGAUUCUUCCCAGUUGCUAGAGGUGUCAGGCUCCUGCGUCAACCAUUCUGUGACAGACGAUCCUCCCAAAAUGCAUUGCAGUGCUGAAGGGGAGUGGCUGGUUCCCAUCGGGAAAUGCAUGUGCAAGGCCGGAUAUGAAGAGAAAAAUGGUACCUGUCAAGUGUGCAGACCUGGGUUCUUCAAAGCCUCUCCUCACAGCCAGACCUGCAGCAAAUGUCCACCUCACAGUUACACCCAUGAGGAAGCUUCCACCUCUUGUGUCUGUGAAAAGGAUUAUUUCAGGAGGGAAUCUGAUCCGCCCACAAUGGCAUGCACAAGACCCCCCUCAGCUCCUCGGAAUGCCAUCUCAAAUGUUAAUGAAACUAGUGUCUUUCUGGAGUGGAUUCCUCCUGCUGACACUGGUGGACGGAAAGAUGUGUCCUAUUACAUUGCAUGCAAGAAGUGCAACUCCCAUGCAGGUGUGUGUGAGGAGUGUGGCGGUCAUGUCAGGUACCUCCCCCAGCAAAUCGGCCUGAAAAAUACCUCUGUCAUGAUGGCGGACCUCCUUGCUCACACAAACUAUACCUUUGAAAUUGAGGCAGUGAACGGAGUUUCCGACUUGAGUCCAGGCACCCGGCAGUAUGUGUCUGUAAAUGUAACCACGAACCAAGCAGCUCCUUCUCCAGUCACCAACGUGAAGAAGGGGAAGAUCGCAAAGAACAGCAUUUCUUUGUCUUGGCAAGAGCCAGAUCGCCCCAAUGGGAUCAUCCUGGAGUACGAAAUCAAGUACUUUGAAAAGGACCAAGAGACCAGCUACACAAUUAUCAAGUCUAAAGAGACCACUAUUACGGCAGAGGGCCUGAAACCUGCGUCUGUGUAUGUCUUCCAAAUUCGAGCACGUACAGCAGCAGGCUACGGCGUCUUCAGUCGACGGUUUGAGUUUGAAACCACACCAGUGUCAGUUGCAGCAUCUAAUGAUCAAAGCCAGAUUCCCAUCAUUGCGGUGUCAGUGACGGUGGGAGUCAUCUUGUUGGCAGUGAUGAUCGGCUUCCUCCUCAGUGGCAGUUGCUGCGAAUGUGGCUGUGGGAGGGCUUCUUCCCUGUGCGCUGUUGCCCAUCCAAGCCUAAUAUGGCGGUGUGGCUACAGCAAAGCAAAGCAGGAUCCAGAAGAGGAAAAGAUGCACUUUCAUAACGGGCACAUUAAACUGCCAGGAGUAAGAACGUACAUUGAUCCACACACCUACGAAGAUCCCACUCAAGCCGUUCAUGAAUUUGCCAAGGAGAUCGAGGCCUCAUGCAUCACCAUUGAGAGAGUUAUUGGAGCAGGUGAAUUUGGUGAAGUUUGUAGUGGACGUUUGAAACUACCCGGAAAAAGAGAAUUGCCUGUGGCUAUCAAAACUCUUAAAGUAGGCUACACUGAAAAGCAGCGCAGAGAUUUUCUGAGUGAAGCGAGUAUCAUGGGGCAGUUUGAUCAUCCAAACAUCAUCCAUCUAGAAGGCGUUGUGACUAAAAGUAAACCUGUGAUGAUAGUGACAGAGUACAUGGAGAAUGGCUCCUUAGACACAUUUUUAAAGAAAAACGAUGGCCAGUUCACUGUGAUUCAGCUUGUUGGCAUGCUGAGAGGCAUCGCUGCAGGAAUGAAGUACCUUUCUGACAUGGGCUACGUGCACAGAGACCUUGCUGCUAGAAACAUCUUAAUCAACAGUAACCUUGUGUGCAAAGUGUCUGACUUUGGACUUUCCAGGGUGCUGGAAGAUGAUCCUGAGGCAGCCUAUACCACAAGGGGAGGCAAAAUUCCAAUCAGGUGGACUGCUCCAGAAGCAAUAGCUUUUCGAAAGUUUACCUCUGCCAGUGAUGUCUGGAGCUAUGGAAUCGUAAUGUGGGAAGUUGUGUCCUAUGGAGAGAGACCGUACUGGGAGAUGACCAAUCAGGAUGUGAUCAAGGCAGUGGAAGAAGGCUACCGCCUGCCAAGCCCCAUGGAUUGUCCUGCUGCCCUCUAUCAAUUAAUGCUGGAUUGCUGGCAGAAAGAUCGCAACAGCAGGCCCAAGUUUGAUGACAUAGUCAACAUGCUGGAUAAGCUGAUACGAAACCCAAGUAGUUUGAAGACACUGGUGAACGCGUCAAGCAGGGUAUCUACUUUGUUGGCAGAACAUGGAUCUUUGGGGUCUGGGGCCUACAGAUCAGUAGGUGAAUGGCUAGAAGCAAUCAAAAUGGGCCGGUACACAGAGAUUUUCAUGGAAAAUGGAUACAGUUCAAUGGACGCUGUGGCUCAGGUGACCUUGGAGGAUUUGAGACGCCUGGGAGUGACUCUGGUCGGUCACCAGAAGAAGAUCAUGAACAGCCUUCAAGAGAUGAAGGUGCAGCUGGUAAACGGGAUGGUGCCAGUGUGACCCGCACACGGGUCACUUCUCCAAGUGAACAACUCUGCACUUUGUAAACAGCCCUAAGAUUUAUUUUAACAGAGAAAGGGAAAUGGGUGGUUCCUAAACCUUUGAAGGCACUUGUCUCAUCCUUUGAACUUAUAAUCAACAUUUUACUAAAAUCUCCAGAUCUUCUUCUUAAUGUCUUCGUUUUUUUCACUAUGUAAAUGUAACCUGCGAAGAGAGCUAACAUGAGAAACAACAUCCUAUAAAAACAUAGUAACUAAAUCUUUCUCCACUUCUUCCACGGAAUCUUGUACAUGAAAUAUAUCAAGACACAGAACCUAUAGAGACUGUUAAGGCAGCCCCUUUCAAAACUACCAGGGAUCGACUUGAAAGGAAAAGUUUUAAAGCCAUGUGUGGGCAAAGAAACGCUGCAUUUUACUGACGUUUACUUCGAGUUUUAUUUGUCUGCAUAAGUGUAUUGGAGAGCAAUAUGAUUAGAUUAUUUCUUAAAUACAGUUUGUAAUUUAAAAUGGAAUUACAUGUUAUAAGUUAUAGAAAAUAGUUUAUAGACAUGUUGCCCGGUCAAGGAAAAGUUCAGCACAGGGUGUAUAUUUAUUUUUCUGUGUUAUAUAAUUUACUUUUAGUUGCACUUCUAGAGAGUAUUAGGCAAUGAAUGUGUAUAGACUGUAUAGUUUGCAAUAUACCGAGGAAUGGACUUAAAUUGGAAAUGUAUGUAUAUGUGUGUGUAUGUGCGUAUGUGUGUGUGUGUUUGAAUAUGUAGAUGGUAUUGUUCUGCUUGCCUUUUGUAUAGGGUUUUAAUUUUGGCCUCAUACAGCAAAGGGUGUUCUAGACUAUUUUAUGGGUAAGAGGAAUAGGAAGCCUUAGACCAAAUUUCCACUCAAGUAGGUGUCCUUUCUCUCAUUUUGAAAGCAACUAAUUAGUUUAUUUAAACAGCUAAUGCCUCUAGAUUAAAUUCCCUUUGGAUUUUACACAUACCCAACCUAUGCGUGAUAAAGAAGUUCUCGCCAUUAAUCUUUCAUGUUUCUUCCAAAUUCGACCUUUCAAAGUUCCUGAAAAUAUCUUCUCAAGCUGACACAAAGGGCACACGUUGUGUCAUAGAAUGUAGAGAGUUGUGAUUGUAGUGGCAUCUGUGAACAUCCAAUCCAGGCAGAGGUACUCAAAAUCUCCCUGCAUGCCCUAACCAUUUGUAGUCACUCCCCUUAUGACUCAUUCACAGAGAGUUUAAUACUAAGACAGCAUUAAAAAGUGAAGUAAAAAAUGUUUUGCUCAGAAUUUUCUGUUUGAACUUUGUUUCUCCUUGGUAACAGUUUGUGCACAUCUUGUCCUCCAUUACAGUGAAUAUGUUUGGAAAAACCAAUGGGGAGUAUUUUAAAAAAUUAGAAUUUUUAGGUAGUUUACAAUAGUCCUUCAGUAUAUUUUAUAUACUACAUCAGAAAAGGGCUGACAUUUAUGGAAAAUCCAUGUGGUUUAUUGAAAUGUUCACUUAAGUGACCAUGAUGGUAAGAUGAAAAAUAUUUUAUAUUAUUAUGCUUUAUAAAAUCUGGAGAAUGGUAUACAAUAUUUUGAGGAGCCAAGAACUUAUAUCAGGACUUUCACUACUGCAUGGGAAAAACCAUGUGAGCAGAGUGAGAUCUACAGGGGGGAGGCCAGUAUUUUGUGAGGAGUACGCCUUUAUUCUUACUAAGAUACGUUUCACUUCAGUAUUCACCCAUAUAAGGAAGACAAUUGGGGAACUUACUAUUUAUCUCCCACCCCCAUUUUUUAAAAGGAGAAAUAGCUCCUUGAUAAAUAAGGAAAGAUCAAAGUUGCAAAAGGAUGUGAAGCAUCUAAACAGUUUUUAUAUUAUACAUUGAUUCCCCUCUCCGAAUAACACUGAUCCCACAAUGUGCUCAAGAAAUGUGGAAGUGACACUUUCAGAAAAUACUAAGAGUAGUUUAAUACUAUGUUGGUAAAAAAAAAUCACAGAGAGAUGUCAGUAUGAAAAUACAUUUACAUAAAAUCAUUGAAACUAAUUACUACUGUACAGAUAAAUUCAUUGGAAUCUAAGUGAUACAGUAGUACUGAGAACUUCAAGACCGAACAAAAAUACAAAACAUUUACACAUGUGUGAUUUAGAGCUCGUACAACGCACAACUAUAUGGACAUCAAAAAUACAUUCUAAUUUGUUUUCUAACUUUGUAUGGUAUAAUUGGUAAGGUCUAGCUGUUAGACUGAUGAUUUCAUUUUUUCCCCAUAGAAUAUUAGGUCACUUACUUCCCUUUGCAAUUCAAGUGUUACAUUUGGAGAGCAAUUCAGAAGCUCUAUGGCCACAUGGCGUUCAUCCACGCCUCAAUUUGGUUGAGGGUUUCUAAAGACUGUCACUCUGAUUUUCAAAUAAACAGACCUUUAAAUUGUAAGUGCUCUGUCCCUCAAAGAAGAGAGAGCACCUUUCUAAAAUAUUUGUUCACCACUGGAUAUGUCACCCAUUGAAAAGUGCCAAACUCAUCGAUCAAUGUGAGAAAUGCAGCUGGAAGGGAAGCCAGCUCUCGUACGAUGUAACGAGGCUGCCACUCAGCACAAGACUGGGUACAUUCUCAUGGUGUGGAUUUUCUUCUUGUGGCUUCAUUUCCUUACUCAUGGACUCCCCAAAAUAAAGCAUAAGAUUCCAUAAUCUCCACACGUAUAACUGAUUUGUAAAAUGAUAUUUAACUGGAUUGUCAGAAGGAACAACGGGGAACUUUCCUAUUUGAAGUCAUUCCGUUACUGUGGUUUAUCAAUCAUAAUUUAUACCCACUCUUGCCAUUCCCUAGCAUGUGACAAUUUUUUCCUCUUUCAAAUGUAUCGAUUGUAUGUGAAAUAUAGAGAUGCUGAUUUUCACCGUUUAAAAAAAAUUAUGACAUGCAUGUGUUUUAAAUUCCUGUGUUUUGUUAACCAAGCCAGUGUUCUAAAGUAAUAGGUUCAUGUUACAAUUUAAAUAGGAAUAUUUCAUCAGAACUUCAGUGCGUCUAGACUUUUGGAAUCGUCACAAAUAAAGGAAAACACACUUAGCUCUUUUUAUCAAAACAGUUCUACCCACUAUGUAAUUAAAGAGCUGUAACUUCACAUCUCCGGUUAAGUGGAGCAGUUACUGUCGGUUGAGCACUGCAUUUGCAUGUCUGCUGUUUAAAUUUUACGUGGAAGUGAAAGGCAGUAAAGAAGAUAUUUGUACACCCAUUGAAGUGGGUUUUCAGAAGCACAAUGAAAAAUAUUCACCUUUGGAACGUGUUCUGGCUGUAAUGGUAUGUUAGAUAACAAAGAGCGUGUGGUGUAGAGACUCAGUAGGUAUAUGGUGUUGCAUAGUAGUAAAUAUCUCUUUCUUAUUUUGUUCUUUCUAAAAUCUAAGUGGGAAAGUACAUGUGAUGAUGAAAUAUCUUUGUUUAAACUUUGCCAGACGUUUAACCUCAAUGUAAAUAAAAUAUAGGAUAAUACGAUGGCGGUUGAUGAUCCUAACGAACGAAUGAACAGAAUCAGAAUGGUAGCUUUAUUUGAAAUUUGAUAGCUGAACAAGUCAUCACUUUUUUUCUUCUGUGCAGUAGCACAGCUGGUUACAUUGAAUAUUUUUCCUCCAUUAUGCUGUUAAUUAUACAGUAAUGUAUCAGGAAAGAAAUAGAUAAAAAAAACUUUCUGCUUGUAUCUUGUUAUUUUCUGAGUCUUUUCACACAUCAACGAUUGAAUGUUCUUAUUCAGAAUGACCACGUAAUUGUCGCAUAGAAGAAGCUGCUAUUUCUUUUUAAAAUGUCUGUUUAUAAUAACCAGACUCAAAUUCAUUUUCUCAAUGUUAAUAGGGGAAAAAUGUUGGCAAAAAUACAUCCCGUCUUUGCAAGCUGGGUGCUAUAUUCACUGAAGUUUGAGUGGUCAAUUAUUUGUGAAUAUUUAGACUACUGCAGUUUUCGAUUAAUUAUUUAAAAGCAUAUAUAUACUGAAUUUGUAACAGUCAGAGAAUAAAGUCAGACUCUGUCCUUUGUGAAUAUGUUGAUCAACAUCACAUGGUUUCGGGCAGGUCAGAGACAUCCAUGCAGCCUGUCCGAUUCUUUGGUAGGCAUCAGGAAAUCUUGUGUCCCUACCUCAGAGUGAAUUCAGGAAGGAUGAACAGUUUUGUAUUGGUUUCCAUCUGCGUCUCUUUGUGCUUUCAGUUUGUGUACAUGUUUUUUGUAGUGUAAGAUAUUAAAUUUUAUAUUUUUUCAGAAAAUAAAAAACAUUUGAAUAUAGAAAAA